AUGGGUAAGGGUAAGCCAAGAGGUUUGAACGCCGCUAGAAAGUUGCGUGUCCACAGAAGAAACAACCGUUGGGCCGAACAAUCUUACAAGAAGAGAUUGCUAGGUACUGCCUUCAAGUCUUCUCCAUUCGGUGGUUCUUCUCACGCCAAGGGUAUUGUGUUGGAAAAGAUUGGUGUUGAAUCCAAGCAACCAAACUCUGCUAUCAGAAAGUGUGUCAGAGUCCAAUUGAUCAAGAACGGUAAGAGAGUUACUGCUUUCGUUCCUAACGAUGGUUGUUUGAACUUUGUCGACGAAAACGACGAAGUCUUGCUAGCCGGUUUCGGUAGAAAGGGUAAGGCUAAGGGUGAUAUCCCAGGUGUCAGAUUCAAGGUCGUCAAGGUCUCCGGUGUCUCCUUGCUCGCUUUGUGGAAGGAGAAGAAGGAAAAGCCAAGAUCUUAA